AUAUGAGAAGAGGCUUCGCUGAUAUCUGGCUACUGCUGCACUGCGUGUGCCUGAGCCGGGCCAGUUUCUCGGAGUUAAACAAUUCGGAUCCCAAGUUCAGUGGUCCCAUCAACAAUGUAACCGUACCCGUGGGACGCGACGCAAUGCUCACUUGUGUGGUCCACGAGCUGGUUAGCUUCAAGGUGGCCUGGCUGCGUGUGGACACACAGACCAUACUCAGCAUACAGAAUCAUGUCAUCACGAAGAAUCAUCGCAUUGCCAUCUCCCACACGGAGCAUCGCAUCUGGCAGCUAAAGAUACGCGAUGUCCAGGAAUCGGAUCGCGGAUGGUACAUGUGCCAAAUCAAUACGGAUCCCAUGAAGAGUCAAAUGGGUUACCUGGAUGUUGUGGUGCCGCCCGAUAUUGUUGAUUUUCACACCAGCCAGGAUGUGGUGCGUGCCACUGGGCAGAAUGUGACACUCACUUGCUAUGCCACUGGCGUGCCCACACCCACCAUUACCUGGCGCCGUGAGGAGUCCACACCGCUCUGGUUGACAGACGAGGGCAAUCGAGAGAUCUACAGCGUCGAAGGACAAAAUCUCACGCUGUGGCAAGUGCAGCGGACACACAUGGGUGCAUAUUUGUGCAUCGCCUCCAAUGGAGUGCCGCCAACGGUGAGCAAGCGCGUGAUGCUGGUGGUUAACUUUGCGCCCACCAUCUGGACACGUUACGAUACCAUUUAUGUGGGCCUGGGCCAGAAAGUCAGCCUGGAAUGCAUCACCGAAUCGCAGCCGUCGUCCGUGAACUUCUGGCUGAAGGACACUGAGCUGCUGCAGGGCGGCACCUACGAGUCCGUCUCUGUGGAUCACGCCUAUCGGAUUGUGAUGCGCAUCACACUGCGACCGGUGACCAAGCGUGACUUUGGCGAGUACAAAUGCAUAGCGAAGAAUGCACUGGGCGAAACGGAGCGAAGUAUCACAGUCCAUCAUAAGGCCAAGAAGCACGGACAGCAUUCACAUCAAACUUCCUCGCAUGAAAGUCAAUUCAUUGUCAUCGAAGGUCUGCCAGUCAGUCUCAGAGUCUCUCGAAUAUUCUCUCAACUGCACCUUUAUAUCUUUCAGAAGUACAAUGACCGAUGCCGGGAUAAAGUAAUGCAGGUGUGA